UUCCAACUAAUAAGAAGAAGCACGUUGUUAAGCUGGAGCAGUGUUAAUAAAAAUUUGCUUGGUUGUGGAAUGUAAAGUAGGUUCAAAUAGACUUAAAACUCAUUGAUUGUUGCAAAAUAUUCGUCAGUCUUGCAGUUUCACGUUUUCUUGUGAGAGGGAGUAAAUCUGAUUUAAAUGAUGCAAAGGAAGACAAUGGUUGUUCGAUUCAGCUGAUGUGAAAUGGGCCAAAUUGCUUAAUGAGCGUUGAAUGAGAGAUUGAUCAUAAAUUAUUCAGCCGUUACUUUUACAUGUACUUAUUUUCAGUGUCAUGUAAUUGGUGCCGCAAGCAACAAAGAUGGUUGGACAAUGUCAUCUGGAACUGAUAUGUCUGUUUACUUUAUGUUUCACCAUACAUGGUACAUUCCAGUAUCUGAUACAUAGAAACAGCUGCAGGCGAUAUGCUUUGUUUAAGGUCGAUGGGAAAGGGUUGAAAGUGACAGGAGGCGUCAUCGCUUCUAUGCAAGUUAAUUCUCUUCGGGACUGCCUAAAACAAUGUUUGGACACAUCAAAUUGUAAGAGCUUCAAUUAUAUUGCAACUAGCAAAGGGGAAAACUGCCAAACAUUGAGCAAUGAUAAAUUGACUGGAAGCUCCUUUGCUGCAGCUGGAUGCAAUCACUAUGAGCCUGUUGCUCAAACGGUGACACCUGGUUGCAUGUUGCUUGGUCCCGGGUCUGCAUGUUCAGCAGGAUUUAGGUGUGAAGAUUCGUGUGAUGCUAAUGCAAGAUUCAAAUGCAUUGACAUUAAUGAGUGCGAAAGCAAUCCGUGCAAAAAUGGAGCUACUUGCUUGAAUCAAAUCAACCGAUACGUAUGUCAAUGCUCCCCUGGAUACACUGGAACAAAUUGCGAAACAGACAUUAACGAAUGUGGAAGUAGUCCGUGCCUCAACAGCGGAACAUGUCAUGACCAUAUUAACAAAUAUAGUUGUACUUGUCAACCAGGUUACGUGGGAACCAGAUGUGAAACAGAUUUCAACGAGUGCAGUAGCAGCCCUUGUGUUAAUGGAAUCUGUUACAACUAUGUUAAUCGUUAUUCUUGCUCCUGUCACGCAGGAUAUUAUGGCAGUAGAUGCCAAUACGAAUAUAACGAGUGUGCCAGUAACCCUUGCCAAUUUGGAGGUAUAUGUUAUGAUCGUGUCAACAGAUUCGAGUGCCAGUGUCCCUUUGCUAGAGUUGGAACUAGAUGUGAAUGCUUUCUCUUUUGUGGAAAAAAGUAAAGAAAAUGGAAACUGGAAAAAAGAGUUAAAAUUGAACAUCAUCGAUGUGCAUGGGUGGAAGUAGAGCUGAUUGUCUUGUACAAAGUAGCUUUGCGAUAUUGUAUUUAUAGU